AUGCCGGCAGCAUUAGGUUGUAGAAGCGGCCAGCGCUGCGGCUUCUUCCUGAAAGCUGCCAUGAACUAUGGCCGCACAUCAGGUGAGCACCCUCCCUCUCGUCUGCGGCUGUGGCAGAGGCUGAGGCUAGCAGGGGCCGCUGCCACCCACCGAGCCAUGUCGCCUGACCCGGCGGUGGUGCCCAGCGGCGACGAGGAGUUCACGGAGGUGGUGGUGGUGCGGCACGGGGAGACCUCCACAAACGCCUCCUGCAUCAUCCAGGGACAAUUGGACCCAAAGCUAAAUGAGAUUGGUAGACAGCAAGCCCUUACGAUAUGGUUCAUUUGCGUGGCUCAUCGGCUAUCAAAAGAAGCCAAACCAGCUGUCAUAUACUCUUCUGAUUUGAAGCGUGCUGCUGAGACUGCAGAAAUUAUAGCAAAAGUUUGUGGUGUAACAAAUUUGGUGCUGACUGAGGCACUGAGAGAAAUGUAUAUGGGAUAUUUCCAAGGCUUGAUGUGGGAUGAUGUUGUAAAUAAAAAAUCAGAUGUUUUCAGAGGCUUUGACAUUUUUAAAAUUACUGAGGGCUCUGAUCAUGACAGCAGAAACCAAGAAGUACCGGGUGGUGGAGAAAGCCUAAAUCAGUUAAAUGAGUGCUGUGUCUCUUGCUUGAAUAAGAUUGCCCAAGAACACACUGGGGAGAGAGUUGUGGUGGUCACCCACCUUGCAGCCAUACUAGAGUUGUGCAGGCACACCGAUCCACCUAACAGCUCCAGUCGUCGAAACAUUCCCAACACUUCAUUGAACAUUUUCCGUGUCUCCGGCGUCACGGGGCGGUGGAUCCUUGAGAGGUGUGGAGACGUCAGCCAUCUCGAUGGAAAUGGCUUUCUGGAGAACUCAUUCGGCAGUGACGGGUCUCUGUAUAACACAAUCGCCAUCGAAGAUUCAGGAACACUUUAGCUGAAGGGUUUUCAGUGUUUUUU